AUGGACACGGUUAUUGAGUAUUACUUUGAUGAUGUUUCUAGUUUCUAUGCUGAACUCGAUGAUUUACUUGGUCAGCCGCACAAAGAUGAAGCAGAUGCCGAACGAAUCGCUAGCAAAUACCUCUGGUUUAUGGUUCGAUUCCAACAGGACUUUAUUCAAACGACGCAGGAAUUGGCCAUGGUUGCAUACAAGCUCCUUGAUUCAAACCUCUUUCUUGAAUACAGCACAACAAUCCUCAGCCACCUCCUGCAUGCACAUGCGCUUGUUCUUGAUGCUUCUGACCAACAAGAAGAGCUCUACUUUAGCUACUCGCUGCUCUUCUACGCCGGCAAAGAAGAUGUCCGGUGGAUGAAAUACAUUGUGUCCGAAGCACGUAUCAACAAGCAGAACCAAUUGUUCCGCAAGAUGAUGUCAGAACUAGAGAAUCCGAUGAGCACCUCAAAAAUGAUAGGUGUAUUGCUUUCAUUGACAUUUGAGAUGUGCAAGGUAACCAAACUUCGAAAACUAGACCGAGAUAUGAUUACGGAUUCAUUGCUCAAUUAUAUGUUUGAUAUUGUUGAAUCAACUCGGGGGGAUGAAGAGGAAUCUUUCAAUUAUCAAGUAAUUCGAUUGAUCCUUGUGUUUAAUGAGCAAUUCAUGAUGUCUCUAAAGAACUCGAGUGAAAAUCUGGUAUUAAAAGUGCUUUCGAAACGUGUGGGGACAACCAACACGUUUAGUGAGAAUCUCUUUUUUAUGCUCAAUCGAUCCAAUGAUGGCUGUGUUCAACUCUUGAUUCUCAAGCUACUCUAUGGUGUAUUUACCGAACCAUCUCUUCACGAGUAUUUCUACACCAACGAUCUCUUUGUACUUGUGGACAUUAUCCUAAGAAAGGUGUGCGACCUUGGCGAAGAUAGAGAAGCAGAAGCGCUUCGGGAUGCACAUUUGCGUGUCCUGAGACCUUUGUUGGUCAAUACUCAGCUCAGGGAUACACCUUAUAAACGAGCAGAAAUUCAUCGCCUGCUAUGUUCCUUGAUCACGCCGGCCCUGCACCGUCCUGUCGACCCAGCCACCAAAAGUUUGGUCAAGAAGAUUCUGGAGGAGUGGUGGGAACAGGUGUGUGAACAGCCAGUGGCACCUGUCCUGGGAGUCCAUGUAAAGAAUGCGGUGAUUGAAGGCGGUGGCGGUGAUUCGGCCAAUACAGCAGUUCUUUGUUCAUCACCUUUACCAAAUCCAUCGCCUGGUGUAAAUGUAAAUCCAAAGGAAAAUACCAAUACUACCACCACCACCACUACUACUACUACUACUACUGCUGCUGCUGCUGCUACUACUACUACCAACAAAACAACAACAAGAUCAUCAUCAUACUCUUCUUCCUCUUCAUCAGCAUCAGCAUCAUCAUCGACAUCAACAUCAUCAUUAUCAUUAUCAUUAUCAUUAUUAUGUACUUCUGACAGUCAACGGCAAAUGACAAAUUCACCAGGAGGGUCUGAAAUCAGUUCAAUUGAUGGGAAAAUUGGGACAGAACCAUCAGAAUCAGAUAAAGGUGAAGACAGAGCCUUGGAUUCUUCUGGUGAUCUCAAGACUCAAGAGAUUGUCUGUGCAGGAGCCUAAACAAAAAAAAAAGGAAAAAGAAGAACACGCACGCACGCACAAAUAAACAAGCAAACAAACAGUCAGUCAGUCGGGCAACCACAACCACAAUCACAAUCACAAUCACAAUCACAGCAGCAGAAAUAGAGUGGCAAUAAUACUGACAAUGAUGAUAUAUAUAUAUAUAUAAAGAUUGAAUUACUACUACUUACUACUUACAUUCACAUUGACAGUUUUACAGCAUUCAUUCAUUUGUUUAUAAAACUUUCGCACAUUUUAUCUAUAUAUUUUAUAUUAUAAAAUUCACUCAUAUUUUUUUAAAAAUAUUUUAAUAUUUUACACAUAGACAAGCAUUCAAUAAACAAAGAGUAAUAAAAUUCAUCAAACAUCAAAUUUGACCAUC